AUGGAUCGCCGUCAUCACUCCAUCCAGCUCAGUGCGGGUCCUGGCGAUGACGGCCUGAUGAGCUCCAAGCUGUACCUUGCCGUGUGCGGAGGCAAAAAGGAGGAGGCCAUGGCGCUGCUUCUGCAACUAAACACUGGCGCCCAUGCUGUUGAUCAAGUCUCUGGUAUACACCAGGUCUGCGCGGAGAGGAACAAUGUUCUUCAUUUAGCCGCGGAUCAAGGACACGACGAGCUGAUCCGGGAACUCUACGCCAGCUUCGGGGACAAGAGCUUGCUCUCUUCCUCCAACUCGGCUCAGGACACGCCGCUGCACUGCGCGGCGAGGGCUGGGCAUGAGAAGGCCGUGUCUCUCCUCGUCCAGCUUGCUAUGGACACUGGAGACCAGAGCAUCUUGUGCUGUAAGAACGAGGCUGGGGACACGGCCCUGCAUCUAGCGGCAAUGUUCGGCCAUGGGGCGGCAGUUGAGGCUAUGGUCUCCGCGGCGCCAGGGCUGGCCUCUGAGGUUAACAACGCUGGCUUGUCGCCGCUCUACUUGGCAGUGAUGAGCAAGUCGGCACCCGCCGUCAGAGUGAUAACGACCAGAUGCAGCGACGCGUCGGCUGCUGGCCCGAGCUUGCAGAAUGCUCUGCACGCCGCAGUCUUCCGGGGCUCAGAUAUGGUUAGCCUGUUACUGGAUUGGAAGCCAUCUGGCCCAUCCCUGGCCAGCAAAGCCGAUGUCACUGGCAGCACUCCACUUCAUUUCGCUUCGUCUGAUGGCGACCGCUCCGUCAUAGGUGCCAUCCUGCAGGUCGCACCGCGUGCGGUGCGCAUGCAGGACACGGAGGGCCUGUCUGCUCUCCACGUGGCGGCGCGAAUGGGCCACGCCCAUGUUGCCGAGGCGCUGAUGAAGGCCUGCCCUGAUGCCGCCAAGCUCCGGGACAACCGCGGCGAGACCUUCCUGCACGCCGCGGCCAAGGGAGGCCACUCCAAGGUCGUGUCGCUUGCCAUGAAGAAGCCGACGCUCCGCAGCCUUCUGAACAGGCAUGACCAGGAUGGCAAUACGCCGCUCCACCUCGCGGUGACCGCACGCGCACCCACCGUCGUGGAGGCCUUGAUGAGGCACGGAGGAAUGCAUGCUGACGUCAUGAAUAAUAACGGGCACACGCCGUUGGAUCUCGCAGCUAGAUCGACCAGCUUCCUCUCCAUGUUGGCCAUGGUGGUGACACUCACUGGUUUCGGGGCGCAAUCUCGCCCUCAGAGGCAGGACCAGGUGGAGCAAUGGAAGGGCCAUGACAUAGCACAGGCGAUCGAGAAGAUGUCGAAGAGCCUCAUGGUGGUGGGUGUGCUCAUCGCCACUGUGACCUUCACCGCCGCCAAUAACGUGCCCGGUUCUUACGAGAAAGGUUUGGCAGUGCUACAGGAGAAGAGCUACUUCCAAUGGUUCCUGAUCCUCGACAGCUUGGCCCUGGUUGCCUCCGUGCUCGCGGUGGUCCUUCUGGUAUCCGGGAAGGCCACGCGAUCCGCCGGGUCGUGGAAGAGCUUCUCGGCGGCGCUGCACUUCAUAUGGGUGUCGCUGAUCAGCAUGUUCCUUGCCUUUUACACAGCUCUCGCUGCCGUGACAAGCACACAGCUGGUUUACGUCAUCUUCGUCAUCAUAUACUUCGCCUUCCACGGAGUACUGUACAUCACGUUCAUCGCAUUUAUCGGGCCGGUGUGGACCCGCACAUUUGGGAAGGCUAUUUGGUGCACCGUCUUUAAAGGAAGGCGUCUCAAGCAGCAGUAUCCAUUCGCCCGCACUUACGCAAUCCACCUGAUUCUUUUCAUGGCAAUAUAUAACCUGCUGUCUAUCGUUUUCAUCAUAUUCUACAUCAAAAGCGGACCAUUCUGGGACACAGAGGGGAGCCAUCCUCUGGCACCUGCGCCUGCACCUGCACCUUCCUCUAUCCUCCCCUAG